AUGGCUGCGCCGCUUCGUCCCAUCGGCGGCGCCGCUGUCCGUCGAGUUCUUGGGGCAUUGCCUUGCAGCUUGUCGGCUCAGUCUGUGUCGCGAUUCGCGCCCGCGUCUGGAAACAUUGCCCAAUUUCACCGCGCGGCAUCGUCACCGACCUUGACGGCCGCCCAGGGCCAACGACGCGCCCAACGUCCCGCCGUCCUUGUUCAUGCUCGCGCUAUAUCGGGCAAGCCCUUACCUCAGCGACAGUCGUGGACUCUCAACUUUGCGUACAGGAUGAUGGCGUGGAUCGGCACGUCCAUUGCCGUCGGCGGCAUCCUCGUCGCGGCCUUUUUCAUCUACGAUGCCACCACGUACAAGGAGGGCGCGGAUGCCGGUGACAUCACGGUUGGUGAGCUCGCACUGCAGCCGCGCCGCGGUGGUCCCAAAAACUUGCCUAUUGCCGACGUCCUCAUCGAUGACAAUGACAAUAACGGCAAGAGCGAGUGCCAGGACAAGCCCAAGCUCGUCAUUCUUGGAGGUGGAUGGGGCGGCGUCGCUCUGAUCAAGGAGCUCAACCCCGACGAUUACCACGUCACCGUCAUCUCGCCCACCAACUACUUCCUGUUUACGCCCAUGCUGCCCUCUGCCACCGUCGGAACUCUCGAGUCUCGAUCCCUCGUCGAGCCGAUCCGCCGCAUGCUCGGCCGAAUCCACGGCCACUUUAUUCGAGCUAGCGCCGAAAAUGUAUGCUUUAACGAGAAGCUCGUCGAAGUCUCGCAAACGGGUCUCGAUGGGAAAAAGAUACACUUUUACGUUCCCUACGACAAGCUGGUUGUUGCCGUCGGCUCCGUUACCAACCCCCACGGUGUCAAAGGUCUCGAGAACGCCUUUUUCCUGAAGGACAUUAACGAUGCCCGGAUGAUUCGGAACAAGAUUAUUCACAACCUCGAGCUUGCCUGCUUACCCACAACCUCGGAUACUGAGCGUCGCCGUCUUCUCUCCUUUUGCAUCAGCGGUGGUGGCCCCACUGGCGUUGAAUUCGCUGCCGAGCUCUACGACUUGCUGAAUGAAGAUUUGACACGAAACUUUCCUCGUCUCCUGCGCAACGAGAUUUCCGUGCACCUAAUUCAAAGUCGCAGCCAUAUUCUCAACACUUACGACGAGGAAGUCUCCAAAUAUGCCGAGAAGCGCUUCGCUCGUGACCACGUCGACGUCCUGACCAACUCGCGCGUGCAAGAGGUUCACCCAGACAAGAUUGUCUUCUCGCAAAAGCAGCCUGAUGGCUCCAAUCUCACCAAGGAGCUCCCCAUUGGAUUCUGUCUUUGGUCGACCGGUGUGUCGCAGACGGAAUUCGCACAGAGGAUUGCAAAGACGCUUGGCGACUUUCAGACAAACAAACGAGCCCUCGAGACCGAUACCCAUUUGCGCCUCAAGGGAUCCCCUCUCGGCGAUGUAUAUGCUAUUGGGGACUGCUCAACUGUACAAAACAAUGUUGCAGACCACAUCAUCAGCGUGCUGCGUAGCAUCGCCUACAAGCGCGGCAAGGACCCCGAGACGGUGCAACUGCACUUUAGUGACUGGCGCAAGGUAGCCAUGGAAGUCAAGCAGCGCUUCCCGCAGGCCGUUUCCCACCUGCGGCGUCUCGACAAGCUGUUCCAGGAGUUUGACAAGGACCAGUCAGGUACCCUUGACUUUGGCGAGCUCCGCGAGCUCCUCGCCCAGAUAGACAGCAAGCUCACCUCGCUCCCCGCCACGGCGCAGCGCGCCAAUCAGCAGGGUGUGUACCUCGGCCAGAAGCUCAACAAACUCGCUCACCUCUCCCGCGGGCUCGAGGUGAAUGACAUUCGCGACGGCGAUGUCGACGCGGCCGCGUUCAAGGCGUUUGAGUACCGCCACCUUGGCAGCCUGGCCUACGUCGGCAAUUCGGCCGUCUUUGACCUCGGCGACGGCUGGAGCUUUACCGGCGGUCUAUGGGCCGUCUACGCCUGGCGGUCGGUGUAUUUUGCGCAGAGUGUGAGCUUCCGAACGAGAUGUCUGUUGGCCAUGGACUGGGCCAAGAGGGGGCUGUUUGGCAGAGAUCUUAUGAGUUUCUAG